GUUCAGGCAACACGUUUUACACACAAUAUAGAACAAAAUAGAAGCCACGCCAGUGAUUAACCGUUUUUUGUUUUCUAAAAUUUUGAUCCGUGUGCCUUUGAGUUCAACCACACUGUCAAAGUAUCUCACAACAACAGCCGUUAAACGUUUUGUAAGAGUUCAACAUGGCGGAAGAGGAGAGCGUUGGUGCUGUUUUCUUAAAAGUGGUGAAAGUGCUUCAAAGUCUCAAGCUCAGUCAACAAGAUCAGAACGAGUUGGAAAAAACAAUGUCAGAUUCGAAGAAUACCUUGGAGGCGAUGUGCCAAAAUCUCGAAGGUUUAUCGCAGCUAACCCUUGCUGAAAUCGAUUGCAUUGUUGAGGCGACUCUAAAAAUCGAAAUUGGGCAAAAGCGUGUCCACGAAAGGCUGGCCCGAGUUCUAAGAGAAAACCGAGAACAGCAGGAGCAACGUGCUGCUUACAUGGAAGCGAAAGAUAAGGAGUACGAAGGCAAGGUCGCUUAUCUGAAAACCAUUCAACAGGAAAUUGAACACUACAGCGAAAUUUUGAAGCAGAAACAGGCCAAGGACACUGAAUAUCAUCAACAGGUGGAAGCAGAAACUGCUGAAUUCGCAAAGCGGAAUAAAGUGAUGGAGCGCCUGAGAUUGAAAUUGGAGGUCAAGUCGAUACUUUCGAAGGAGCAAGAAAACCUUCAGUCCAGCUCCGCCGAGCUGGAUAAUAUCUUCAGUGAGCGUCAGGCGGAAAUCACAACAACUCGCGAGGUAAUUUCUACGAAGGAGAAAGAAUUGGAGGCUGUUAAGGUUGAUAACAGCGCAAAAGAGCUUGAAUUGACUGCAGUACGUUCCAGAUUCGAAAACAUGCGAGCAACAGCAGAACGCGAAACCCAGACAAAUCUCAGAAUGAUGGCUGAGCUUGAAGCUACUGAACAGAAGCGCAAAGUCGUAAUUGAUUUGUUAGAAAAACGUCUCGCUGAAGAGCAGGCAAAGUACGAAAAUGUUAAAAAAGACUAUGACGAACUGACCGAUCGAAUCAGUUCAGAGUUUGGAAAUUCGAAAUCAUGGGAAGAGAUGAUGGUUGAAGCACAAAUGGAAUUGCAGACAUUGAGUGUUCAGCGCUCUGAAUUAAGAGAGACAAUUGAAAAAGUCACCCAAUUGGUACAAUUGAACGAAAACAAAUUUAUCCAGCUGCACAACGCGACGGGAAAUAAUUUGGAACGGUCGGAGGAGAACAUGAACAUUACCGAAACUUUUGCAGAGGGUCAUUGGUCUCGACAUCAACACUUGCAACGUGGAGUUCCAGCAAGCACAGAGUGUUCUGAAACGGAGAAAUCGGUUUUCGUGCUGCCACGAGAAAUUCCAAAGAAAGCGAAAAGACGGCAGAAACGUCAACAGCAAAGCCAACAGAAGGUUUCACAGGACCAGGCUGAACGAGUGGCUCCGAGCCCUGAUUCUUCGAUGAACGAUUUUGGGACGGCAUCGUCAGUCGGGGACCUGGAUCAAGGAAGAGACAACUAUGCCAAACUGAAUAUCUUCGUACAACAAUUCCUCGGAGGUAAUAAUUGAGUCUGACGCCAGCUUCAAUACACAUUUGUGCUUCGACUCAAACGACUUUUCUUUUCAUAUCAUUUUACCUGAAGACAUGGUGAAGACAAGACUUAUUAUUGUACUUACUUUAAACGUGAAGUAAAUUUUUGUUAUCAAUAACGGAA